UCGCACACACGCACAAGCCCACACACAGAAACACACACACUCUCUCUCUCUAACGCCCGAACGAGACUGAAAUGGAACAGGGAUCUCGCAAACACUGGUGAUUUGUAGCAGGAAUUUGUAAUCAAUCGUGACAGUAAUUGCUGUGUUGGCAAUAUGGUACUAUUAACACGCCACCGCCUAAGGAAGACUUUGCUGUUUCUUUUCUUCGGCACAUCAAUCUUAUUGGCCGUUUUUAUGUUCUACGAUAGAUUCAGUCUAAAAAAGGCUUCAGCGUCCAAUAUAUUCUGGGAGAACUCCCCAGUGUCAGAAAUAAAAAAAUGGAUAAAUGUUGCGGAUAACGAAGGAGAGACUCGUGGAGGAACCAAGACGCCAUUUGAAAGGAAAGAUAUCAAACGCGAGAACAAAACAGUCGAGUUAUCUCUAGACAGAGCGGAUGUGGAUGACGCUAUAACAUUGACUGAAGUCCCUCAGAAGGAUGUCAUUAAAAGCAAAGGGAAAGCCACAACGCCAGUGCCACAGGAUGCGAAGGAAAUGGGAAAAGAAGAACAAGAGGAAGGAGAAAAAGAAGAUGGAAAUGUGACGGAAAAGCAACAGUGUGAGCCUAAAAAUCACGUCAUGUUUCUCAAGACGCACAAGUGCGGGUCUUCCACUGUACAGAAUAUUUUCCUCCGUUACGCUUACAAACGCAACCUCACAUUAGCGCUCCCUGCAUCCGGAAACUACCUGGGCAGUCCUAAUCCUUUCCAAGCAUCCAUGGUCCCCAUGACGCUUCUGCCCGAGAAUAAACUCGUCGAUAUCUUCGCCGUCCACACCCGCCUGAAUUACCAACAGCACUCCAAGGUCCUCUACAGGGACACCAAAUGGGUGACGAUCGUACGGGAGCCGACAGCCCUCUACGAAUCGCUUUAUAGCUUUUACGAGAUGAAGCGGUAUUACGGGUUUGGCCUGGCCAAUUUCAUGAACAUGGACUUGGAGACACUGGAAAAGUUCCCCCGCUACGCGAAAAAACUAGGCCGAAACCAGAUGCUGUUCGACUUCGGCUACAGCCCUGACGCGGACGUCGCUGAACUACGGAGAGCCCUGGACGACCUGGACAAGAUCUUCGACCUGGUGAUGGUCGUCGAGUUCAUGGACGAGUCCCUGGUCCUCCUGCGCCACCUCCUGUGCUGGAGCCAGGAGGACGUACUGGUCUUUACGAAAAACGCGCGCAGGGAAAAGUUCAAGUCGUCGUUAGACAUUCGCACGAAGCGGGUCCUGCGGACGAUCAACAGCGCCGACGGCAUCCUCUACGACCACUUCGUCACCAGACAUAUCAAGAAGGUCUUGGAAUUCGGCGUGGAGAAGAUGGGCAAGGAGGUGGCGGCCCUGAGGGCCCUGCGCGAGAAAUACCGCCGAAGGUGCGUUACGCGCGAAACCGGCGGGUUAGACUCGGACUUGUUAUACCCGGAGUAUUCCGACCUGGUGAAUGCGUACAUCGUAGCGAACAGGUCGGACACAGAGUGUCGCUUGUUGUCCAUGCCAGAAAUUCCUCUGCUAAUGCAAGUCAGGGAAGCCCAGAGACGCAGGUUGCACCCUUUCCCCCCGCCCCCACCCCGAGCUAGAAAAAAUGAAAUGAAAUCUGCAGUAGACCCAUACGAGUUCCUCGAGUUCAAUUAAAGCUGUCUCAUUAGAUUGAUACUUUUUAUCAUUGUCGAUUUCGUUAUUUAAAAAUGUCUCCUGUGAAUUACUAUAAAAUUAUUAAUAUCUUCCU